AUGGCCACCUUCAACCCCACCAAUAUCGACCUCACCACCGCCUCCCCCAGAGACAUAAUCUGCUAUCUGCAAUUGGGCAAAAACGAAUACAAUGGUCACCUCCCCGCUCGUAUUUCCGCCGUCUUCGUCAUGCUCGUCGUUUCCACCCUCGGCACCGCAUUCCCAUAUAUUGGCAAACAGUUUCCUCGUCUACGGAUCCCCACCGUGGUCUACUUGUUCGCUAGAUACUUUGGCUCUGGAGUCAUCGUGAGUACCGCAUUUAUACAUUUAUUGGAUCCGGCAUACCAAAACAUCGGUCCAAACAGCUGUGUAGGCAUGACAGGAAACUGGGCAAUGUAUUCCUGGACGCCGGCCAUCAUGCUCGCUUCCUGCAUGUGCAUUUUCGUCGUCGAUGUGGUGGCGCAGAAAUACGUCGCUGAUAGAUAUGGAUUGGAUCUGCACACUAAUGUCGAAGGCAUAAUUACUGGCUCUGCUCCCUCCAAUACUCCCGCGUCAAGGGACGUUAUACACAAAACAGACGAGGAAAAAGCACUAGACACGGAAAAAGCGGAAAAAGUGGCUUUCGCCCAACAAUUUGCUGCAUUCUUGAUCUUGGAGUUUGGAAUUAUAUGGCAUUCCAUCUUCAUCGGACUCAAUUUCGGCGUUGCGGGCAGCGAAUGGUCGACAUUGUAUAUAGUGCUGAUGUUCCAUCAAGGAUUCGAAGGACUGGGCAUCGGAGCCAGGAUGUCUAUGAUUCCAUUUCCUGUCAAGUAUCGCAAUUGGCUGCCUUGGUUGUGUAUUGCAGGUUAUGGAGUCACUACUCCGAUAUCCAUGGCUGUGGGUUUGGGUCUGAGGACUACUUAUAACAGUGGGAGUUAUGAAUCUUUACUUAUCGUCGGAGUGUUCGACGCCAUCAGUGCUGGUAUUUUGGUUUACAAUGGAUUGGUGGAAUUGUUGGCGAGGGACUUUCUCUUUGAACUUCAAACGAAGAGUAACAGGCGGUUGACAUUCAUGAUGGUAUGUGUUUUCUUAGGGGCUAUGCUCAUGUGUAUUGUUGGGGAGUGGGCUUAGUAGGAGAAUGUUGUUUGAUCGUGAAAUUGCUCGCAUUCGUAUUUGGAGGAGAGAGCUAUGUGGAUACAAUCGCCUUGUCUAGCUAUCUCAACCUAAACAAGCAAGCAGCAACAAGCCAAUGGCACUUUCCUUCCAGCUCUGCGAACCAAGCAAG